AUGGAAACCGAAACUACUCCCUGCUCAGCAUGUAGCUGGACUCCAAAGCGCCAAACACAAUGUUCCUACGACAGCCACGUCAAAAUAUUCUACAGCGCCAGUACCCGGGGAGGCUGGUCUCUAGGCUCGAAGCUCAUCCUCAGAGAACGAUCCGCCGCGCCGCCCAACUUCGAAGCCCCCAAUAUCCGAUUCCUGUCCGAGAAAACCUCGAUUCCUAUACCUGAGCUGGUAGAAACCUGGGAAGAAGAUGGGCUAUCAUUCUCUAUCACGAGACGAAUUCCGGGAAAAAACCUAGACGAAGCUUGGCCCACGUUGUCCGACGAGGAGAAAGAACGCAUCGCGAAACAGACUGCCGACUACCUCGGUCAGCUUCGGGGGCUCCAAUCCACUCGUAUGGAAUCAGUGGGUGGAGAGCCACUAUUCUGUAAUUUUCUGUUUGGAGGUGACCACGGCGUUGGAUAUGGACCGUUGUCAUCAGACGAUGAGCUAUGGGAUCAGUUAGCUCUAUCUUUGACCCAUGUGCCGGAGGAGAUUCGGUUGAAACUACGCGAGCGCAUGCCCACUGCUGCGCCUUAUACAUUCACGCACUCCGAUCUCACGACUGUCAAUAUCAUGGUUGAUAAUGGGAAUUUGACGGGUAUUAUUGAUUGGGAAAACUCGGGGUUUUUUCCUGUUUGGUGGGAGUUUGCUGCGGCUGGUAUUUGUCUUGGCGAUGAGGAUAGAGAGUGGAAGAAUACUUUGCGCAAGUACAUGCCCGAGCAUGAGGAUAUGCGUGGUUUUUUCAUGGACCUCUGGUCAUUGCGUCGGUAUCCAGAUUUGGAUGAGAGAGGGUUGAAGUUUUUGAAAGAGGGCGGAUUUAGCAUUCCUAAAGUACCAGAAGUAUCGGAGUAA